GUAUAAUGUGUCAAAUACGCGGAACAUUAAACAUGUGGAACCUAAAAUUGGGGUUGAGAAAUUUGGGGACUCUUUAAGAGCGGAUCAGGCAUGUUAACCACACAUCGCUGUGCGAAAGCACUUCAGCUCACCCUCGCCGUGAUCAAGCCUGAUGCAGUGGCGCAUCCUGUCAUCUUGGAGGCCCUUCACCAGAGAAUCCUAGAGAACAACUUCAUCAUUGUCAGGUCCAAAGACCUGGUGUGGAGGAGACAGGACUCUGAGAAGUUCUACUCUGAACAUGCAGGACGGUUCUUCUACCAAAGACUGGUUGAGUUCAUGUCCAGUGGUCCGAUGCGGGCGUACGUCCUGGCUAGAGAGGACGCCAUAACCCACUGGAGAGAACUGAUGGGUCCUACCAAGGUGUUCAGGGCCCGCUAUACCUCUCCCUUAACCAUCAGAGCCCAGUACGGACUCACUGACACCAGGAAUACCACACACGGCUCUGAUUCGGUGGAGUCAGCACAGAGGGAGAUCAGUUUCUUCUUCCCAGACUUCAGUCAGGAGACGUGGAUGGAGAGAGAGGAGCUGGGGUUCAGGAAGGGACGCAUGGAGUACAACCAGAAGAAACAGAUACACACGUUACCAGUUCACAGCUAACUGCUGAUCUCAGUACACAUUUUAAACAAUUAAGUGACUGGACCAGGGCCUGUAUUCAUAAAAUAUCUCAGUAAGCGUGAACAGUAUAUACAGUACCAGUCAAAAGUUUGGACACACCUACUCACUUAAGGGUUUUUGUUUUGACUAUUUUCUACAUUGUAGAAUAAUAGUGAAGACAUAAACUAUGAAAUAACACAUAUGGAAUCAUGUAGUAUCUAAAAAAG